GAACAAUUAGAUAUUUUAGAUGACAUAUCAUCUUUUGCACCGGUUAUAAUUAAUGUUCAAAAUGAUGAAUGCGUAUAUCAACGAGUAUUGUUAGUAUAUGGACGUGCAGGCCCCAGAGAUUUAGCAUAUCAUUCGAACAUUACCGUUGAGCAUCAUGCUGAUAAUUUUCCUUCUACUACUUGGCCAAUUUUCAACUCACAUUUUAAGUGCCUUGUUCAUCUUGAUCCUGGUCCAAAUAACAUCCGGUUCACCUUCGAUCCUGAUUCAUUUUCACCAGGAAUGAGUCCAUUGUCAACUGUCAUUACUGUUAAUUACAUACAAAUGUUGCAAAAUCCUCCGUUGCAUUUGGCUAUACUUGUUGCAAAGGAUUCGAAAUGUGUUAUUGAUGCCCCACCAGAGAAAGUUAAAUCCGAAGAUAAUAACCUGAACGCUGUCAAGGCAAAAUUUCGGUGUGCUGCUUAUUUAUGGCAGGCAUUUACUGCUGAACAAAUGCAUCGUAACGGAUUUGAAAGGAGAGUUUUCCGAUUAGAAGAAGAAUGGCAACAAGAUACACUCUCCAACCAAGAUUCAAGUCUACGUCAAACAGCAAAGAUUCACAUAAUUCGUACAAAAUUUACAUUAAAAGAAUUGUUAGAUCCAGAACGUGCUCAACAAUAUAAACCACCACCUGGAACACCACCUACCACCAAAAAAGAUUUAUAUUCCAUUUUCCUGGAUGCUUUACAAGAAUAUGGAGCACCUUUUGAUAAGAAAUGUUACGUAGCAGGAUUAAUACUUGAUUCACAUUGGGAUCCUAAAAUGAAACUGAUCCGAGGGCACGCUGCUUUGGGCGGUGGUUCCGGGCAUAUUCAACUUGGAAUUUUUGGUAGUCAUACGACACAUGCUUGGCCAAAAUUUUUGGAAGAAGUUGUAGAUUGUUUUCAAAAUGAAACUCAAACUGAUGAAAAAAUUUUGGCGAAUGAUGCUAAUGAAUCCGGUACUUGGUGGAGGUGUUGUAAUAUUGGAAUUGUCGGACAUGCAUUGACUUGUCCACAUUCAGCUUCAGGCAUUAUGAUGCGAGGAUACAACUUUCUUAAUCGUACAUUUACUGUUAAAGAACCAAACAACACUGAUCCAAUAACACCAGUAGUCGAAAGUGGAGCUCAUUGGCACAGAUGUGAUACAAUUAGAUUCCGUUAUCAUCCUUGUUUCCGUAUUCCUUAUGACCCUCCAAGAUCAAUUUCUCACAAAGACGUGAGCCCAGAUUUUUGGCCUUUAGAAGAUAAUUCUUUUCUUAUAUGCUGUUACUCUGGAAUUUCUUUGGUGGAAAUUCAU